CGGGAGGCGCUCCGCGCCCGCUCGCCAUGCAGAGACCCAGCGGCCAAGGGGCCGCCUUCUCCAUUGACUCGCUGAUCGGGACCCCGCCGCCGCGCUCCGGCCACCUGCUCUACACCGGCUACCCCAUGUUCAUGCCCUACCGGCCGCUGGUGCUGCCCCAGGCGCUGUCGCACGCGCCCCUGCAGUCUGGCCUCCCCCCACUCGCCCCACUGGCCUCCUUCGCCGGCCGCCUCACCAACACCUUCUGCGCCAGCCUGGGCCAGGGGGUGCCCUCCAUGGUGGCGCUCACUACGGCGCUGCCUAACUUCAACGAGCCCCCCGACGGCUUCUACCCGGCGCAGGAGCUGCCGGCUGCGCGCACCAACCCGGAGCCAGGCUGCAGGCGGAGCGCCGAGAGCUUGGAGGCGGAGGAGCUGCCCCCGGCCCGGGACAAGGGGCCGCCCGAGCCGCCGCUACACUUCCCGGACCCCUUCCCCAACCUGGCAGAUGGCAAGGUGUACAGCUCCGACGAAGAGAAGCUGGAGGUGAAAUCGGCAGAGACCCCGUGCAGUGAGAGGGAAGAGGAGAGCUCCGCACCUGACAGCGAGGAUGAGAGCUUCCUGGAUGGGAGCAGUGCCAGCUGCCUGGGGCCCAAGCCCAAACCCAAGAGCAGCUCCGGUGGGGAGCAGGCCCCCCCCGGCUCCAACCCGGGGAAGAGCCGCCGGAGGCGCACGGCCUUCACCAGCGAGCAGCUGCUGGAGCUGGAGAAGGAAUUCCACUGCAAGAAGUACCUGAGCCUGACGGAGCGCUCGCAGAUCGCCCAUGCCCUCAAGCUCAGCGAGGUGCAGGUCAAGAUCUGGUUCCAGAACCGCCGCGCCAAGUGGAAACGCAUCAAAGCCGGCAACGUCAACAACCGCUCUGGUGAGCCCGUCCGCAACCCCAAGAUCGUGGUGCCCAUCCCCGUGCACGUCAACAGGUUCGCCGUGCGCAGCCAGCACCAGCAGAUAGAGCAGGGCAGCCGGCCCUGAGCCCUGCCACGUGCUCCGGGCUCCAGCUCAGAAACUCUGUGGGAGGAAAACGCCAAAUGCCCCUGGCUGCAAACUAGCAGGUGCAUGCCAUGUCUGGCAGAGGGGCCUGCCUUGCAUGGCCGAGUGGGCCCAGGGCUGACCAAGCUCCCACUCCCCACGCUGCAGCAAAGGGAGACGCUCCAGGGCAGACCCUUGGGGCAGUGCUGCAGGGGGAGUUUUAACUAUUUUGUGCUCCAGCCGCUGCUCACAAACCUCUGUAAAUAUCCCUUAUUUAUUCUGUGUAAAGUCUGUACAUAUGGAAUUGUGUGUGUCUGUCCGUCUGUCUGGGGGAGUGCGGGGCUGCCUCCGGGAGGGAUGGGGCUCUAGCUGGCGCUGGGCUCCUGUGUGCAAUGAUCAGUCUGUGGGUUCUCCAGGCCCCCUACCUCCGCAUGCCCCCCUCUCUUCCCCCAUCCCCUCCUCCCUGCAGCAGGGCAGGGUUGCACAGAAGGGGUGGAUGGCGUAC